AUGUUUUCAGGGGACGGAGAGUUUGAAGCGUCGCACACGUAUAAGAGUUCAUCUAAAUGUGGAAAGCGAAUAGUCAGACAGGCGGCUAAAUACAAUAAAGAUGAAAUUAUGAUUAGGAAUAGGGAGGCUAGUCGUUCCAUUGUAAUGCUGUUCGCUGUUGGUUGGUUGGUUGGCAAGCCCAAUUCGAGUAUCGAUUUUUACGAUUAA